AUGUCUGUAGUAUCUCUUCUCGGCGUAAGGGUUCUGAAUAACCCCGCAACCUUCACCGCGCCCUACGAGUUUGAAAUUACAUUUGAGUGCCUUGAGCAACUUCAAAAAGAUUUGGAAUGGAAGCUCACUUACGUCGGCUCGGCGACAUCAUCGGAGUUCGAUCAAGAAUUAGACUCUUUACUUGUUGGGCCAAUUCCAAUCGGUGUCAACAAGUUUAUCUUCGAAGCCGACCCCCCUGAUCUCAAACGAAUUCCUACUUCAGAAAUCCUUGGUGUGACCGUGAUACUCCUUACGUGCAGCUACGAUGGGCGAGAAUUUGUGCGCGUUGGAUAUUACGUGAAUAAUGAAUACGAUAGUGAAGAACUUAACGAGGAACCUCCAUCAAAACCAAUUAUCGAGAGAGUGAAGCGCAGUGUAUUGGCAGAAAAACCUAGGGUCACGCGAUUCCACAUUAAAUGGGAUUCCGACUCAGAUCCGACCGACUUUCCCCCUGAGCAGCCAGAUGCGGAUGUUCUGGAGGACGACGGGGCAGCGUACGGUGCCGAAGAGGUCGAACUUGAAGCAGCUCUCCAUCGUGAGCUAGAAGAGCUAGACAAGCAGGACGAUGAUAAAAUGGAUACCGGUGAACCAGUAGAUGCCGAUGAUAACGAAUCCGAAGCUGGAAGUGAGGAUUUAGAAGGAGAAACAAGUGGUAGUGACGAUGAAGAGGAAGAAGAAAACUUUGGAGCCGAGGACGAAGACGUCGAAAUGGGGGAUGACAGCAAUCCUCCUCCAGGUCAACAACCCCAACAACAGUCAGCUGUAAUGGUUCACUGA